UUCGAACCUCGGUAACAAUAUGCAGGUUGACUCAGAGCAGCAUCACGAAGACGAUAUGGAGGCUGGUGAGUACAUCCGCAUAGUACUGUUGGCUUGCGUGGGGACACGAGAAGCUGUCACGAAGUAGUGCGAGGGAACUUGUUUGAUACGAUUGCAAGUGAUCGUCUGACCAUAUAAUGGUCGAGAUCCAUGUUUCAUCUUGCAUUAAGUUACCCCCAGCUAGUACGCGAGAGAAGGCGCAGGCCACCGGUGGCCUGGGGUACCACGGACCGAGGGUGCAGGUGUCGGUCGACUUCCAAAGACAUUUGCGAUAUCGAGAAUGCGCCCGCGAUGUUAUAAAGGGGUUUUCUCGAGGCGCGGGGAUGGCGAUGCGAGAUACACGCGGAAACGGGCUGGUUAUAUGCGCGACGCAUCACAGCGCGUCACGCACUGCUCGGGCAUCAACGUUCAACCCUGCGGCGUUUGUAUCCUGUCACACGUGUUGGGUUUUCUUCCCAUCCUCAGCUUUCCUCGCUCUUGUUUCACGCACUUCACGCAUGUUAUAGCACUUCACCGCCUCAGGAUGACUGCACUGACUUUCCAGGAGUCAUAUAUUAUCAUCAUAGCGCACUUUGUCGCCCUCAUGAUGUUCACAGUACCACUCACACUCCGUGUCACUGUAGACCUCCCUCCUCCCAAGCGUCGCAAGACUUUUGCUGGUUCAAUCGCUUCUACAGCGCUGAGCGCUGCCCUUAUCGGAACUGCGGUCGGCCUGACAGUCUAUCGCCUAUGGAAAGGCAAAGGCAAACAGACCGAAGUUCCACCGCCUCCUUAUGAACAGAGAGAAUGGGCCUCGUCUCCCUCCGUGGGUCAUGGCCCCAAGGCCGACGAGGCUAGCGGUCCUCACUACGUUCCCGUUUCUCAGCCUGAUCCCUGCGAAUACUCUGAACCUUCUGUUACGUCUUCCGUACAGCGCCGACGGCAGCGACACGUCGCAGGCAGGCGUAGUUUGCCCCGGCAGCGCAGGGUCCAUCCACGCACACAACCAACCUACCCGCACGCCUUCAACUUCUCACCGCCUGAGCACUCUGCUCACGUCCCUGUCCCACAAUUCAACUUCGAUUCAGCAAAUCAGAGCUACGAAGAAGAGCCUGAAGCCGACACCUCCGAUCAGAUGGACUGGAUAGGCGACAAGCUCGCUCAACUCAUCGAAGAGGGCAAGCGUGCACUAGGCAAAGAGAUCGUCAUUACUGCCGAGGCGGAGGAAGACGAAGAAGACGACGGGUCCGGCCAGUGGGUCGAGGAUGACGAAGGCCCCAUUCCCUCUCCUUCCUCCGGUUCCUUCUGCAAGAGCCAUCGUCCGUGCGAUAUCGCGAUUGUCUCGCCACCGCCACAGUACAGCUCGCCUUGGCGUACGCCGCGCAGCCCAAAUAGCGGCCGCUUUGACACGAUCUCGCGGCCUGAUUCAACGUACAGCUCGCCGCGGAACCGUGCUCGGGCAGACAGCGUCGAUUCGCUAGGAUCCAUCCUCAGUAGCCAGCAUCAGGAGGACGGAUCGGCAUGGCAGAGCCCGGAAAUGCGCGAGGCAAUGGAGCGUGCGCGCCAGUCCUACCUUCAACGCGGGCAGAUGGCUUCGUAACCACCGCUCCGCCGUUGUCGGCCUCACACCUCGCUCUCAUGUCCGUCAUGACUUCCACGACACCCUAGACGGCUAGGCACGGUUUACGCUCUAUUGUUAUGCAUAUCGCAAGAACUUCCGCUAUCACUAUCGCAUGCACGCAGUCAUACGCACAACCAUACGCACUUUCGCUCUCUCAUCACUCUCGUUCGCUCCGUUGGAUUCCGAUUUCUACUGUAAUUUGUAGCGCACUCUGUUCUCCUGAUACUCCCUUGGGGUGUCGUAUUUGUUAAUU